UAUGCCCUGACUUUUUGAUUGAAACUUACCUAGAUCAUCAAGGCGAACGCUUCUGUCUUCAAUAUGAUCCUAAUUCCUUAUUAUAUAUCUCAAAAGCCAUGGACAUGUUUGACAUGUCUUAUUCACAAACAGAGAAACUGCUACAACAGCGAGAACAAAAUAGACCUAAGCUACAGCAGAUUUUAAAGCAUCGUCAAGCACUGGAUGUUUCUGAACAAACAGAUACACGUAUGAUGGCUGAAGCGUGUCGAUCCAUCAAUGGUACUCAGUCUGCAUUGGAAGGAACAGAAGCAACUGCAAAACAAGGACAGGAAGACAAGAAGAGAUUGACGACUUUAUCUUCUGAUCCUGAUACUCAAGAUUUAGUGGAAGGCAUGAAGGGGAUCCAUAUGCCUACUUUAGUCUUGGGUGUACAGUCUGAUAUUCUUUUCCCUGUCUGGCAACAAAAGGAAAUUGCUGAAUGUCUCCGUGCAGCUGGUAAUAACCGUGUCACUUAUUAUGAAUUAGAUGCUAUGUUUGGUCAUGAUACAUUCUUGAUUGAUCGUGUCAGUGUGGGUGGUGCUAUUAAAGGUCAUUUGGAACUGUUAGACGAAGACAAAUAAAUUUAGACUUUUUUUUCU